GUUAGGUUAUGAUAUUGAAACAUCAACAAAGUUUUAAAUGAUCCCAAAUUUUAAACAGUUUUUACUAAUUAUUGCUAAUGGGACAAGUUUCUUACAUUAAGUUUCUGUGAAAGUGCUCAGAGUGCUUAUUGAACGAUUAUACACGAUUUAGACUAUUGGAGGUCAUGGAAGAAUUAGAGGCGAAAAUCGAUUCACUAAAUAGCAGUGUUUCGAAUGCCACGUUUGUUGAUAGUGUUAAAGCUGCAAUAGAAGCGGUCAACCAGGUGGAGGUUUCAAUUGCCGAAGAAAGAAUAAUCGCAAAAGUUUUCCCUUUGAUCCAGGCUCGCUUUGACCAGAUUUUUGCUGAUAAUGCUACAUUCUGUGUCACUGUGGAUGAUGAUUUAAUGUGCGCAUUAACCAGGGAAAAUCUUGAGGUGAUAUUCCAGCUGGCGGAAAUUGUCCAGGAAUUUAUGAACUAUAUUCACGACCACAGUCCAAUGCAGCUCAGUUGCAUAGAGUCCGUCUUAAAAUAUUUGCCACUUUUUAUUCAAAUGUCUGCAGACCACUGGAAGAAUAGUGCAGAUGAGUACAAAACCGUCUUCAAUGAGGAACUAGCCAAGCUGUUCGAAGUCCUUAAGCAUCUUUAUGCCAGCUAUCUGUAUCUUCUCGAGCGCUCGAUUCAAGUGGGCGAGAAUGGUGAAGAAAUCAAUCUAUUGGUAGACGCCCUAACGGUUUUAUGCGAAAUGCCCAAAGUUUUCUCAGUCAUUGAUGCCAGCAGCAUCCUUUCCAGCUGGAAAUGUUUUACAACAGUUACCUCCAACUAUUCGCAGUUAAUUGAGAACGAUCUGGAUAUUCGAGUGCCAAUCCAGCUGCUAACUGAUGAUAUAUGUGAGAUGUUGAAAUCUUUAAACCCCCGUGACGCACAAACAUUCCCGCGACAGUUGAAGAUUUUAACUUAUCUAGUAAAAGUAUUAUGCAAAAUCACCUAUAACUUUAAACCUCAGUUGAGCAAGUUUGCCUCUGAAAUGUUGGAGUUUUUUGUUAAAUUUCUGUGCUACCUUUCAGAUGUGCACGCCAAUAAAGCGUUUCUCAAAGAAACCACUCAGAGAAUAGAUGCCGAAGUUGUGAAACUGUUGGAGGGUUUGUUACGCACUUUGCUAGUCACUGAAUCAGGAGCCUUCAAGGAGCUGUUGAAAGGAUUUUCCAAAAUCACCAAGCUUGGGGAGUCCUCGUGUGGAUAUGUAGCCUUGCUAGGCAAAAUACUACAGAUAAUCAGCAAUAUGAGUUCAGAUUGGUCGGAUGUUCUUCCACAGAUUAUUGAGGACAUUUUCGAGUUUCUACCAAAUUGCUGCAGUUAUUUGUGUAUGGACGGACCGAAUGGCGAAAUGUAUCAGCAUUUAAUAGUGCAAGCAGGUCUGGCGGUUUUGCUUCAGGACUCCACAUUCGAGUGCUCGCAAGUUUUACUGAAGCACAUUUUGCAGGGGAAUGGCUUUGCAGCUAUUCUGGCUUUGGAGGUUUAUUGCUUGAUUGCCAGCAAUAUAUCGCCUGAAGAAUGCCUUUCAUUGCUAAUCAAUCUUCUAUACGCGAUCCAAGAAAUGCAAUGUGGAUUUUUCACAAAUCGCCCCGAAAUCAGUUACCUAAAGUGCCUGGUUCAAAGACUGUACUCAAUUCUGCCAGAUACGCUUAAAGAAGAAGUGGUGAAACUUUUCCGACCAGAGCAACACAUUCAAGUGUGGAGAUUCUUGGAAUUUGCCAAUUUUCCUAAUAAAAGCCGGAAAUUAUUGGAGCCCAUCGUGGAAAUCACUGCGGACUCUAUUCAUAGCUUUACUGAUCAGAUCACGGAGAACAUGAUUGUGAAUGUUGGCGAAUCAAUCGAUUUGCUAUCAACUAUAGAGGACCUUGCUCUGAUUAACAGUUCCAAAGCUAGUAUAAUAGUGGGAUUUUUAAGCAAAUUUUGGUCCUGCCGUAUCGAUAAUGGAAUAUGCAGUAACAACAUUCUAAAAUACAUGUUCUGGAAAAUCAGCAGAAUUACUGCCAGUUGCAUAAUCGAAGGCAGAUUGAAGCCAAGUCUGGUUUUCCCCAAAUUUCAAGUGAUGCUCAAAAACCAAUCCUAUUCCAUUCCAGUAUUAUUCAUAAUAAAUUGCUUGAUCCAUUCGGAGUGUUUAGCCGAUCCAGAGCUACUGCGUGAAACCACAGGUUUAAUAACUUUAGCUCUAAGAAGCCACAAUACUGUCCGAGAAAGUGAACUGGAAAUGCUUGCGACUUUCAACUACUCGCAUAAGAAGGUUUUAAAUGUGUUACUUGAUAGUUUAAAUCCGGGCGUUGCUCAGGAAAUAUUUGGGCGUAUCGCAGCAUUUAAGACCGAACCCAAACAUCAAAUAAGUGGGCAAAUGUUCGUCCAUAAAUGCCUUGAAUGGGGCGUGGAUUGCGAUGACUAUCCCCCAGCGAAAAAAAUCAGGGUUGAAGGGAAAUCUCGUCACAAUCCAGUGCCAUCAAUCAAGAAGCAAUUAAAUCACGCCACUCGAGGCUUGACGUGUGAAAACCCUAUAAGAUCUCAAUCUAAUGAUCUAAAGUAUGCUGAAGAUGAUUCGUCUGCAACGGAAGCAAUACAGCGAAUUAAAGGAGAAGUAAAGUGCCUAUUAAAAAUUGGAAGAACUGAAAAACUCACAGCCAAAAAUUACGCCGAUUUAAGGAUGCUAAUGAGUCAAUUGUCCUCGUUAAUGUAAGUUCUACUUUCUGUGUAGGGAAAUAAAUUAUUAUUCUGGACGGGA